AUGGCUGUCAACUCUGAGGGUGUGUGUCAAUGGGCGUUGCGUUGCGUUGUCAGCCGGAAUGGGGCACAAGAUGGCGUGGAGGGCGUGAAGCGAGACAAUGUGAAAAGCCAAAAGACUCUUCGGCUUGCAGUUGCACACGAAAUGAACUGCUUCACACGAACGCCAGCUCAAGCAAUUGCGCUCGACUCUGCCCCUUUUGAGCAAAUGGGCAUUCUUCCCUUUUCCUUUCCCCUCGAAACUCCGCGACACCGUCGCACGAUUCACCCUCGACUGCCUCUACGCCCAUGCCCGACGCGACUCUGGCAACCGGUGGCCAUCGCAACACAGCCUUCGACGGGGGUUGCUGAGGUCAGAGCGGACAGGAGUACCAAUCGGCCUCUUCCCACCCUCGAGACGCAGGCCCGGCGGGGUAGGGGGGCCAGAAUGGGGCCGACCAACGGCCGGUCAGCACAAGACCGGUCUUCUGGUACCUCUCCUGCCCCUCUCCCUGCCGCUCCCCACCCCGAGGUGGGCGGAACUGGCCAGUCUGCUGCUGACCCUUUUAUUAAGGACCGGCCUCCAGCUGGGCCGGCUCGGACCGCCCGCAAACCGGCCAACCGCGGCUUCGCGGUGGCCGGUUCGAGCCCGGUCCACUCACCGCCACCGCCACCGCCACCGCCACCGCCACCG